AUGGUUCAUCAUCGAAUCCAGAAGAAAAAACGAAAUAAACUGAAACCGGUUGAUCCGUUCAACAAGAAUGCAAAGCGGUUAUCUGAAGCCAAACUCAAAGGCAAAAAUCUUGAUCCCAAAACUGAUGAACAACCAAUACCUAAGCGAUUGCUGGAAUUGCAAGAGUUGUCGAAAGAGUGUGAAGCAAAAACUCAGGAACGAAAGAACAGGAGACCCCGCAAUCGUAUAAUAGAGGAAUCAUCAAAAGCUGGAUUUGAGAGGCGUCGUUUCGAGAAUGAUAGGCAGUUGGUUCGUCGAGUGAGCGCCGUUACAACUGAGGAAAUUGAUGAGAAGCGUUUAUUGGCAAAAUUCGAAUUGGGUGGAGUGGAUCAGCGUGAAAUAGAAGCGGAAUAUAAGAAAAUGGAUGAAGAAGCAAAACAACGACUUGAUAGAAAAUUGGAGCAGCAGAAGUCCGUGGCAAGAAAACGUAAUCAUAAAGAUCCCAAACAAUGCGGCCCAACGAAACCAUCAUCUGCUGCUGAGGUGCAUCCAUCGACAGCGACUGAGUCAAGUCGAAAGUUGACAAGGAAAGAAAGAUAUCGUGAACUGAAGAAAGCUCGUCAAGCUGAUGAACGCAAAGAGAUGAUUCUGGAUGCGAAGGAAUUUAUACCAUUUGGUAGUCGUGUUGAUGCACCACCAUUGUUUGAUGCUUAUCAGCGUAAACAACUCAAUCCGAUCUUCGCAAAAGCUGGUAGUAAACCAUUAUUGUUAAAAUCAAAAUUGGAACUGAAAUCUGAUGUUCACGAUACGUCAGAUCGGCUGGAGGCUGUCAAGAAACGCAGCGAGGAAAUGGCUGAAGAGAGGAAUCGUGUGAUCGUUGCUUAUCGAAUGCUCAAGAAAAGUAAAGCCAAGUCUGGAUUAUAA